GAAGAUGUUCGCAUUUGCUAUUAGCACUGGGCGGCAGGAAGGGCUAGCAGGGAGUAGCGCCGCCGCCGGAGUGGGCUGCCUCCGAAAAUAAUCGAUUCGCUACAAGACACAAUAUCUUUCAAGGUGACGGCGAUGUGGAAUACAAGGUAUGCCGUUCCCAAAUCUCCUCCUCUCCUUACUGCAUCCACCUGCCUCGUUUACUUGACUUUUUCUCAAAAUCCGAGAUUCUACUCACAUUCUCAACGGCAAUCUGCGAAGAAAACUUCUGGCUUCGAUAAUGUCGCUGAUGCUUUAGCUUCAUUCAGUACCAUGAUCAACCUCCGUCCUCCUCCCCCCAUUCUGGAAUUCGACAAGAUUUUAGGAGCGAUUGUAAGGAUGAAACAUUAUCCCACUGUCAUUUCACUUGUUCGACUAGUAGAGUCAAGGAGAGUGAUGCCUUCCAUUGCCACUUUCAGUAUCUUGAUCAACUGUUUCUGCCAUACGGACCAAAUGGGUUUCGCUUUCUCCGUAAUGGCAAAGAUUCUCAAGAAGGGUUAUCAACUCAAUAUGAUCACUUUGAAUACAUUAAUUAAAGGAUUUUGUAUUAACGGCAAGGUCUCGGAAGCACUAGACUUUCACGAGGAUCUAACCGCUGGAGGAUAUCGGUCUGAUGAAUAUACUUAUGGCAUCUUAAUCAACGGAUUAUGUAUAACUGGACGAACAGGAGCUGCCAUCGAAUUGCUUCAAAAGACAGAGAAACAAGCGUUUAAGCCUAAUCUAGUUAUGUACAGCACAAUCAUUGAUCGCCUGUGCAAAGAUGGACUUGUAAAUGAUGCUCAAAAGUUGGCUUCUGAAAUGAUUCUUAAGGGAAUUUUCCUUGAUAUUGUUACCUACAAUUCUUUGAUUUAUGGUUUUUGCAGUUUGGAUCAGUGGAAAAAUGUGAACCAAUUGCUGAAUGAAAUGUUAAUGAGAAACAUCAAUCCAGAUGUCUAUACUUUUAAUAUAUUGCUUGAUGUAUUAUGUAAACGAGGCAGGUUCGUAGAAGUUCAAGGUAUGUUUGCUAUGAUGAUGAAAAGAGGGGUGAAACCUGAUGUAUUUACUUACAGUGUUUUAAUAGAUGUGUGUUGUUCAAACAAUAACAUUGAUGAGGCAAAAAAACUAUUUGAUGGGAUGAUCAACAGAGGCCUAGUUCCGGACGUUCAGAAUUACAAUGUCUUGAUUAAUGGAUAUUGCAAUAUCGACAAGAUUAAUGAAGCCAUGAGUCUCUUGAAAGAGAUGCGCCACAAAAAUCUGGUUCCUAGUAUUGUGACUUAUAAUUCUCUUAUUAGGGGCUUAUGCAAAUUAGGGAGAAUGUCAGAUGUGCAGGAGCUUGUAGUUGAGAUGCAUGAUAGUGGUCAGCCUGCUGACGUAGUCACUUGCAAUAUUCUGCUAGACACUUUAUGCAAAACCCAACAUAUUGAUAGGGCAAUUGCACUUUUUCAUCAACUAGUUGUCCACGGAAUCUGGCCUGAUUUGGAUGAGGUACUUAAUUAUGAUUGGCGGAAAGGUGGAAGAUUGAGUUGGCCGGAAACAAAAAUAGAAGGUGGAAUACUGAAGAGUAUAGAAGAAAUUUUUCAGAAUCUUUUGAUUAAAGGCUGUUGUCCUAAUGUCAAAACAUAUACUAUUAUGAUUAGUGGACUUUGUAGGGAUGGCUUGCUUGAUGAAGCCGUGACCUUGCUUUCCAAAAUGGAAGGCAGCGAUUGCCUCCCUGAUGUUGUUACUUUCGGUACAAUUAUAAGUGCCAUGCUAAAGAACAAUGAGACUGGUAAGGCAGAGGAACUUCAUCAGAAACUAAUCACUAGAGGGCUGAUAAGAUGAUGAAAAGCAUAGGUUUCUGUCAAUCAGACUGAAGCUGUUUUCUUCUAUGUGCAGUAUUUACUCAAUCUGAGCAACCCCCUCCCUUCACUUUUUAGCAUGAUCUCUCCCUCUCUGUGUUUUUAUCAGAGGACUGAUUGGUGUUCUGACUCUUGGGGUUGGAAUUAUCGUGAUACAAGUUGUAUAUGUCUCCAGACUCACAUCUUUCUAAGUUACUGGAUUUCUCAUUGAUGGACCUUUUAGAGUUUGAUUCUCUAGCAUCAUGGGCCUUGUUGACGCGAUUUAAAGUUUGAGCUAAUCUAAACAGCACCCAAUAGGGUCUUUGUUUAGUUGUAUAUUAAAUAACUUACUGGCAUUCCUAGAGAUUAGUGCUGGAGAACGCUCUAAAACAGUCUCUGGCUACGUGAACAGGCAGGUAAGUGGAAGUGGAAGCUUUCAAGAGACUUUUGCCUAUCAACAUAACCCUCGGGGUAGCAGAAAUUAAAGCCACCAAGGGAGGAUACUGGCAAAGGUCAUUGC